GCUGAACCGUCGGCGGUACGUGUGGCGCGCGCGGCCGUUAAGAAGUGGUCGAACGGCGGCGUGCACAUCUCGCGCCUUCGGGAACGUAUCAGCAGUAGACUUGUUCUGCCGACAAUACAACAUUCCGCCGCGACCGAACAACCGCACGGCGUUCGACCUCACGAUUUCGCAUCGUCCCGUGCGCGGCCGCGCGCACGUGUGUGUGCCGUGUUUGUGCGUUUUUCCGCUCCCGGACGUCACAUUUAUCGCCCCCGCGUCAUAGUUGUCCGCCGGGACGUGUCCGUACGCGCGCGAUUAUCGCGUAUCGCCCGCCACGCAGCAGCACGUCGUCGUCGUCGUCAUCACACGACCGCGCGUCACGUUCUCGCUUUUCCGCGUGUCGCGUCCGACGUCAGACCGUUUUUACGUUUUGUGUACGUUUUGACGCCGCGAGACCGAGAGUGCGCGCCCGAAAAUCCGCGAUCCGUCCGCGCGCAACCUGUUCUCGCGUACACAUCCCGGUAGACCGGUAAAAACCGGGACGACACCGUUUUCCGACGCAGUCACAUAAAAUCCACAAAAAUGGCACGUGAUACACCGGACGAAUCUGUUCCACUCGGAAUCAUCCCGGAAAAUACGAUAAGGGGAUCGGUAAUCAGUAGCAGAUUUAUCGACUCAGCCACCGAUGGACUGUCCAAUGGCCAUAUCAACGUAUCGAAGCCGUUAAAACUAAGGAAUCUCAUAUCCAAAGGAGAAGUAUUCGAUUCCUUACAUCAGAAUUCUACUACGCCUCCGAUGUGCAAUGAGAAAGCAUGUAUGGGCAGUAUUAUGUUACCGCCGACAUUACAUAACUCAACGGUGAGACCUAAAGCCGAAGUGCUAAAGCUAGCCGAAGAUUUCAUGAAACAAUAUUUUGCUUCCAUAAAAAGGUCUAAUAAUGCUGCGUACGAAACUAGAUGGGAACAAGUACAGAGAGAAGUUAAUUUGACUGGUACAUACCAACUUACAGAAACUGAAUUGGCAUUUGGUGCCAAACUAGCAUGGAGAAAUUCUGGCAGGUGCAUUGGACGGAUUCAGUGGGCUAAAUUGCAAAUGUUCGAUUGUAGAUCAGUGACCACGACCAGCAACAUGUUUGAAGCUAUUUGCAACCAUAUUAAGUACAGCACAAACAAGGGUAAUAUAAGAUCGGCCAUAACUGUAUUCCGUCAAAGGACCGACGGCAAGCACGAUUUUCGUGUUUGGAAUUCUCAACUAAUUUCUUAUGCUGGAUACAAACAACCGGACGGCACUAUCAUUGGUGACCCGAUGAAUGUGGAGUUCACAGAUGUGUGCAUGAAACUCGGUUGGCGUGGAAAGGGUACAAGAUGGGAUUUACUGCCUUUAGUGUUAUCAGCGAACGGACACGAUCCGGACUAUUUCGACUUGCCAAGAGAAAUCGUUUUGGAAGUUAAUCUUAUUCAUCCUACAUUCGAUUGGUUCUCCGACUUGGGUCUUCGGUGGUACUGUCUUCCCGCAGUGUCCGGCAUGAUGUUCGACUGUGGUGGUAUACAGUUUACAGCUUGUCCGUUCAAUGGGUGGUAUAUGAGCUCAGAAAUCGGGUGCAGAAAUCUAUGCGACGUGCACAGAUACAACGUUCUAGACGAAGUCCUAUCACGCAUGAAAACAGAAUUGAAAAAUUAUGGAUUUUUAAAAAAAGACCGAGCUCUUAUCGAAGUCAAUUUAGCUGUCUUAUACAGUUUCCAAUCGAACAACAUCACGAUAAUGGACCAUCAUACCGCAUCCGAAUCGUUUAUGAAACACUACGACAACGAGUUGAGAACAAGAAACGGCUGUCCCGCAGAUUGGGUAUGGAUUGUACCUCCGAUAUCCGGCUCCAUUACGCCUGUUUUUCACCAAGAAAUGAUCAACUAUGAACUUCACCCAAUGUAUUCGUAUCAGGAACCGGCUUGGAAAACACAUGUUUGGAAAAAAGGACAAAACCAAGGAAAAUCGUUAAAUAAACAGACAAAAAAGUUCCAUUUCAAACAGAUCGCCAGAGCUGUAAAAUUCACAUCAAAACUGUUUGGGCAAGCACUGUCUCGUAGAAUCAAAGCGACCAUAUUAUAUGCAACGGAAACAGGACGAUCAGAAAUGUAUGCGAAAAAAUUGGGUGAAAUAUUUGCACGUGCUUUUCAUUCUCAGGUGAUGAGCAUGGAGGAGUAUGACAUGAUAAGUAUUGAACACGAAGCAUUAUUACUAGUGGUAGUAUCUACUUUUGGGAAUGGCGAUCCUCCUGAGAAUGGACAGGAAUUUGCACAGCAAUUGCACUCGAUGAAAAUGGAACUCGAAGGCAAUAGUAUUAAUAAAUCUCUAGCAGUGAAACCAUCGUCGCUCAGCUCUGCUUCGUUUAUAAAAGCGAACAGUCUAUCAGAGAGUCAACAUAUAACUGAACUAAACGAUUUAUCGAACAGAGAUUCUACAGAUGUUGAUAAUUUUGGACCCCUUGGAAACGUCAGAUUUGCUGUUUUUGGAUUGGGUUCGAGUGCAUAUCCAAACUUUUGUGCAUUCGGAUCAUACGUUGAUAAUCUUUUGGGUGAGCUUGGUGGAGAAAGGCUAAUAAAACUCGGUAAAGGUGACGAGAUGUGUGGCCAAGAACCAGCGUUCAAAAAAUGGGCUACUGAGGUUUUCCACGUUGCAUGUGACACGUUUUGUUUGGACAUGGACGAAUCGCUCAACGAAGCGUCGGAGGUGCUUCACAACGAAAAAUUAACUGCGUCUACGGUACGGUUUAUGAACUCGCCGCCGGACGAUCUGCCCACAGCGUACGCGCAAUAUCACAACAAACGGGUGUGGACAUGUCGGCUAGCCAACAGGCAGAACCUGAUGAGCAAUAGCGAGAACAGCAGGAGCGAUCGCGUCACCCUGUGGCUCGAGAUUACCGUGGACGAUUGGAAAGAUUCGGAGAAAGUCAUGUACCGCCCCGGCGACCACGUGGGAAUGUUUGCGACGAACCGAGAAGAACUGGUGUCCGGCAUUAUCCCGUACUUGCAGUGUGACCAGGACCCGGACGAACCAAUGGUGCUGCAAUUGCAUAAGGAGAAGUAUACGUCUACAGGAGUCUCGAAAAAUUGGGUGCCUCACGAAAAACUACCAAGAUGUUCCUUGAGGACUCUGUUAACACGGUUUUUGGACAUAACUACACCACCCACACCGAAUAUGCUACACUUUCUCGCUUCCUGCGCCACUCAUCAUGUUGAUAAAAAGAAUCUUACAGACUUAGCUUCGGACAGUGAAGCUUACGAAGAAUGGCGCCACUGUAAUCUACCUAAUCUUUUAGAAGUUUUUCAAGAGUUUCCAUCCAUAAACCCGCCGGCUGCUUUAUUGGUCGCGCAGCUUACUUCACUACAGCCCAGAUUCUACAGCAUCUCUUCGUCAAGUUUAUUACACCCGGACAAAGUACACCUUACCGUAGCUGUAGUCACCUAUAAGACUAAAGGUGGAAAAGGAGUAACACAUUAUGGCGUUUGUUCAAACUACCUGUUGGAUGCCAACAUAAACGACACAGUUUACAUGUUCGUCCGAAGCGCUCCAAAUUUCCAUCUGCCCGAAGACGUUUCGAAGCCGUUGAUACUGGUGGGUCCGGGCACAGGGAUCGCGCCGUUCCGUGCAUUUUGGCAACACAGAUACGCGCAAAAGAAAAACGGCAUCGACACGAAAAUGGGUAGAAUCAUGUUGUUCUUCGGCUGCCAAUACAAAUCGAUGGACUUGUACAAAACGGACAAGAUGGAAAUGUUAAACGAGGGCGUGUUGGACAAGACUUACUUGGCACUGUCCAGAGACCCAACGAUUCCAAAAACUUACGUGCAAGACUUGAUGCUGAAGGAAGCGAAAAUGAUAUACGAAUUAAUAGCUGUGGAAAGAGGACACUUCUACGUAUGCGGCGAUUGUAAAAUGGCGGAGAACGUAUGCCAGACCCUCAAGUCGAUAAUUCAAGAACAGGCCGGCAUGAAUUCUGCACAAUCCGAUAACUUUAUGCUGGGAUUACGGGAUGAUAACCGUUAUCAUGAGGAUAUUUUCGGUAUCACGCUACGGACGGCUGAGGUGCACAACAGUUCGAGGCUAACCGCUCGUAUCCGAAUGGCAUCCGAAACGCUUCCAUAACGUUCAAUUUGGCCUACAAUAGGCAACAUGUUAGCUAAAUCAAUAGCAACGAUACAAGAAUUUAGAGACAAAAAAUUGUAAAUAUUCUAGAUGGAUCAAGCCGCGAGCGUAUUACUAUAUAUUAUCGUAUAAAUAUUUUAUUCGAUAUUUUCAAUUGUGCAUAUUAUUAUUAUUAUUAUUAUUAUUAUUAUUAUUAUUAUUGAUAUAUUACACAUGCGUCUUUACGACAUACCUUCAAUGAACACUCUUCACGUGCAGUGUUCGGCCUUCAUCCAUCAUGAAACCGACUAUACAUGUAUAAAUAUAUAAUAGUUACCAAUAUGAUACACGUACUUUUCUUUCUAUGGAAAAAAAGUUAAAUAAUUUUCAUGCAUUAAUUAUAAAAAUCGAAAACGUGAGUUGAAAAACGCCGCUGGUUUUCCUUCUUUUUUUUUUUCUCUCUCUCUCUCUUUCUCUCUCACUAAUUAUAACCACUUAUGCAUUUUGAAAUAUGCAACACUUUCAAAAAUUGCGUACGUAUAUAAUAUUAUAUAUUAUUAAUUAUAAUGAAUUUCCAAUAUGUUUGAAUUUUGGCUGAUCAAAAAAACAUUAUUCAUAAUACAAAUGAUACGAUCAAGAAAAAUAUUGAUCGCAAUGAUAAAGCAUGAACAACAGUUAUAAUCUAUUCCGUCGAUCAUUAAUAAUUCGAUUCAAAAUUUAGCAACGUAAAUAUUUUAAAUGUUUAUCAUAUGUCAUGCGUUUUAUUUACAUGCCGUUACAAAAUAAAUAAAUAUUUUACGUACAAUUGUGCCAAUAUUUAUGUAUAAGCAAACGUUAUUAACUACUUAUUCAACGCAGAAAUCCAAUUCAGUGAUCUGAACUUAUAAACACACAACGCAUGUAUUUAUAAACACGAAGCUAUAUAAUUCAAACACAUAAUAUUAUUCAAUUUGGAAUAUUUUGUAAAAA